AUGCGCUAUACCGCUGAUGUGGAUCUGCCCCCAGCCGACCGACGGGUCUUCCAUUUCCGACCGAUCCUCACGGCGAUGAUUGUUUCAACCUCUGGACAUCCAUCGCUGCCUCGGUGGAGUCGUCUACGCAAUAUAGAUAUCGCCAGCAUGCCCUCCCCAGACCUGCAGUGCGCGCAAUGCGCCCCGCCCAAGAAGUUCCGUCGACGGGAGCAUCUCCUGCGCCAUCUGGCAUCUCAUACAAAUAAAGGCCCUUUUGCUUGUAUGUAUUGCACCAGUUCAUUCAAGAAUAGCGAUUCUUUGAAACGUCACUUGAAGAUAUGCAAGUCACGGCUGCAAAGUCGCGAUGGGUGCUCGACGAGCCAUCUUCUCUGUCCAUUUCCAUUUUCGCAGCCCACCGGCAACAAUCUGGCCACUACGGAUGAAUUGCCGUUCAUGAGACGCAUGGCGAUAGGAGCUGGUCUGGCAGAGUGCUUUGGCAGUGGCAGGGGCCCCCGUCGAACCAGCGUCACUGAUCAAGACUUCCCCGAUGAUCUAUCAGUCCCGGUGAUGAUUCCGUCGGCUGAGGAUGAUCUGAAAAAGCUGUGUCCUGAAUUAGCGGACGACCUGUUGCAAUCAUCGACUGCAGACAUCUGGCGCUCCUUCACGACCAAUGCGGAUUCGGAUGCCUUGGCUCAGUGCGUGUUUGUCGACCCUCUCGAGGCCGUGACCACCACCAUCGCACUUACCUUGCAAGAGCUCGUUGAGUCGCAAGACACCGUCACCAACAGUAUUGUCGAGAUCGAAUGGUCGACCCUGAUGGACGGACAGUGCACCCGAUUCUUCAGCCCCAACAACAUCCGCAAAUUCCUGGAUCUGUUCUGGUCGCAUUGGUAUCCGGUCUUUCCAAUCAUGCACCGAGUCACCUUUGACAUUCAGAACACGCCUGUCCCGCUACUCAUUUCAAUGCUGCUCGUCGGCGCCCAGUUUUCGCCAGACGAAGAUGACCGCAGAGCAUGUCGCAUCUGGCUGCGGACGAAUGAAGCUCUCGUCUUCGAUGACCCUUGUUUCAGAGAUGCUGUUGACGGCUUCACGCCAUUGCAGACAGACUCGGCGUGUAGUAUGCAGUUGUUGCAACAUGUCCAGGCUGCGUUGCUUAUGUGCGUCUGUCAAAGCUGGGAGGGAAGACCGGAGAGUAAAUUGCGCAUCCGCCAUUAUCGAUAUGGAGAUAUUGUAGCGGUCGCGCGAUAUCUCCAUCCCGCAUCUGCGUCUCACAAAAAUCUGGAUCCGGAUCCAUCGAGCUUCAACUGGUGCGACUUUAUCGAGACGGAAGAAACCAUAAGAACACUCCAUUUUAUAUUCUUUCUCGACUCCCUCUUCAUGAUCAUCCACAAAACCCCACCGCGGAUGGCCAUGCGAGAAUUAAAAAUGGACCUGGUUUGCCCCGAAGAGCUCUUCCAGGCUAAAUCAUCCGAAAUGUGUCUCCGUCGUCUGCAAGCAUAUAGGGAAAAGAGCGUCUCGGCAGGAAAUUCCAUCUCGGUGGAUGCGGCAGUGAAGCAGAUCUGCAGUACCGACAAGAGUGGCUUGCAAUCUCUUGCGCAUCUGGACAAAUACAAUCUGUUCACUCUGAUCUGCGCGAUCCACGUAUCAAUCCACUACCUGCAAGCAUCGAUUGUGCUUCCCGAGACACUGGCUCCGAUUACCAACGCCCUCGACAACUGGAAACACCUCUGGCACACGACCAACGCAGCCGCUUCGAGGAAUGCCAGAUCGAUCAACCACGGCGUUGAAUUCUGGGUGUUGGCUAGUGCUCUUGUUCAGGGGUUGCAGAAUGAAGAUGAGAGCGCUCAGGAUUAUGAUACGCCUGAUAUGCGGAGUCUGCCUGGCUUGCUGCAGAGCUUUCACUUGCAGGAAUAG